AUGUCGAGGUUCACUGCCAUCCUCUCUGUUUCAGGAGCGAGUCAAGCCGAGCGCUUUUUCCUGCGAGCCAAAGUGGCUCAGGCGGUGGCCGUAAUAAAGAGCAAGCCCUCGGAUUUGAGCGGCAGAGAGUACGCCGAAGUGUUGGCCACCAAGCUGAAGAUCCAGGACGAAGGCUGGAAGAAAAAGGCCCAGGAGCUGCAGCAGGAGGUACUGAGGCUGCGGCAGGAGUUACUGAUGGCCACAGCGACGUCCAUCACGAAGAGCACAGCGGCAGCAGAAACCUGGUCCAUCAACAUCCGGGUGGACCACGUUCAGAGCUGGCAGAGUACAGGACAAGCGAAGCUCCGGGCUGCAGAGAAGCUGAUGGAGUACCUGAUCACGCUGGGGAGCAGCAGCAUGUCAAAGUCUUUUCUCAUUCGUCACAUGCUCUCUCAGAUCAGUGCUCUGGCUGAUCAGCUGUGGCAGGCCUUCCAGGUGCGGGAAAGCUUUGGGCUCGUCAAGUUUCCCAUGGACCAGUAUCAGAACUCGUGCUGCUUGUUCUGGAUCUUGGAGGAGCUCCUACAAAAGUCAAAGGUACCGUGCAGGAUGGAGGUGGGGUCCGAGCAGGCGGGCUUCCUGAGCCACUUGGAACGGCGCGUCUUUCUUUUGUCAAAUGAGUUUCCCUUGUUUUCUAUCUCCAUGUGGAGGAUUGGAGGUCUCCUCACCGUCUCGGACAGAUAAAAUCCCCCAGGUGCAAGGUAAAGGCAGGCCA